AUGCUUUCAUCAGUGAUUCGAUGUGGUGGACAGCAAGCGACGUCGCGAAUGACUCCGGCAGUUUCUAUGGCUAUUCGUCGAUUCGAUCCAUUGGAGGCUAAAAUGGCACAGAAGAAAGCCGAAAUAAUUCAACAACAACAAAACACGGAGGUGGAUCAGAAUCGUGUCACAUACGCAACGAAAGACGAUUUCAAGCAAAACGUUCAAGACUCUCGAUUCACCGGAGCCGCCGAUUCGGAAACCGGACAAGUGCCGACAAAAUGGCAGAAGAAAUUUUUGGUUAUCACCAAAUUGUACCCAUCGGCCGACGAUAUUCCACCAUAUGUUCAUCACGGCACAAUGAACCGAAUGCAUGACAGAAUGCGUGUCGUCUUCAUCGUCACCGCUUCACUCUUCGCUUUCUCCACAUUUUACAUUGCCGAAAGAGCGAUGGCUCACAAAAUCGCUCGUGAUCGUGAUGCUGGAGUCGUUGUUCAUAAAAUGUAA